AUGAACGUUUGUACACCAAAUAUAUCAUGGCAUGGAUGCGAUCCUGUUUAUUCAUGUGCAAUCAAUCCAAUAGAUUCCAAACGUUUAGCUACAGCUGGCAUGCGAGGUUCAAUUUAUCUUUGGGAUAUUGAAUGGCCAUCAAUACAACAACCAACAAUAUCAUUUGUAUCUUCACUUUCUAGUGCACAUUUAGAAUCAGUAAAUUGUAUACGAUGGAAUUCAAAAGGAACACAUUUAGCAAGUGGUAGUGAUGAUGGUAAUAUUUUUAUUUGGACAAAAGCACCAACAGUAACAACUACUGAUUCAAAUGUAAUUGUUUUAUCAAAAACAAAUCAACCAUUGACAGCAUCAUCAACAACAAUUACAACAACAACAACAGCAAAUAAUAAUGAUAAUGAUAAUAUACUUGGUUGGGAUAAAGAUCUACCAGAAUCAAAAGAACGUUGGCUUAAAAGUUUACCAUAUAAAAGUCAUUUAGAACCUGUUUUAGAUUUAGCAUGGUCAAGAGAUGAUCAAUUACUUGUUAGUGGUUCAGUUGAUAAAAAAGCUAUUGUUUGGAAUGUUGCUAAACGUGAGAAAAUCUCAAUAAUUGUUGAUCCAAAAGGUUUUGUACAAGGUGUUGCUAUACAUCCAUGGCGUAAAUAUAUAGCAGUAAUGAGUACUGAUCGUUCAUUACGUAUCUAUGCAAUGAAAGGUGAAACUGGUUCAAUAUCACGAUGUGUAUAUAAUAUACGUAAAAUAAAACCAGCAAAUAUCAAACAAGAAAAUGGUGCAUUAAUGUUUAUUGAUGAAACAUCGUUAACAUUUUUUCGACGUUGUGCUUAUUUACCUGAUGGUAGUCAAUUAAUUGUAUCAGCUGGUUGUUUAGAUAAAGCAUUUUUAGAUGCAUAUAAUAAUGAAGAAAAUAUUGAAGAAAAAGAUGAAAUUAAUAAUCAACAAAAUGAUUUUGAUGAUCCUGAUAUACAAAUUAUACAAGAUGGUGGUGUUAAUGAAGAAAAAUUUGGAUCGACACCAUUACCAGCUAAAUUAAUCGAUGUUAAUUGUGCUUAUGUAUUUGCAACAUCUGGUCCUAAAUUUGAUCGACCUUUAUCAAUUAUACCAAUUAUGAAUGAUCAAGAAGUUAUAGCUAUAUCAGUAUGUCCUUCUCUAUUUCCAUCGACAUCAUCUGUUGCACCAUAUCGAAUGCUUUUUGCAUUAAUUACUAAGACAUCAUUAUUCUUUUAUGAUCAAUUGUCAUUAGAACCAUUUGCAUAUGCACGUCGUAUUCAUUUAUUGUCACUUACUGAUGGUUGUUGGUCACAUGAUGGUCGUCUUUUUAUUGCAUCAUCAGAAGAUGGAUAUUUAACAUUUGUUACUUUUACUGAACAAUGUCUUGGUGGAACAUGUUUACCUGAUUCAGAUAAAAUCUUAGAUGAUAUGAUGAACAAUGCGUUAAUACCACCAACAACAAAUGUAACGACAACUGUAACACCAUCAUCAUCAUCAUCAUUAAUAGUAGCAACAAUACAACAAAAGAAAAAAUGA